CGAUGACCGGAACACUGUUACCCACAAUGCACAGCGGUUGUUCUUCUCAGUUGUUAACAUGGCGGCGAGGGCACCAACGGUGGCAGCCAGGUUCGGGCUCGAGUUCCGUAAAUGGUACUACAACUUAUGUGGCUUCAACAAGAUGGGUUUAAUGCAUGAUGACACGCUCUAUGAGGAUGCGGAUGUGGAAGAGGCCAUCAGGAGGCUUCCAGAGAAUGUUGCCAGCGACAGGACCUUCAGGAUCAAGAGGGCCCUGGAUCUCUCCAUGAAGCAUCAGAUUCUCCCCAAGGAGCAGUGGACGAAAUAUGAGGAAGACUACCCCUACCUGAGGCCGUAUCUGGAGGAGGUGAUCCGUGAGAGAAAGGAAAAAGAAGAGUGGUUUAAGAAAUAAAAAGUUAGCAGUCACAGCUGUUAAUCUGGUCUUCGCUCCGUGCAUGGUCGUCCCCUGGUGUAAUAUUUAAAUGAAAUGUAACCUAUAUCAGACAGUGCUAAUUAAAGAAAUGUACAUUUUGAAA